AUGUGCAUUAUGAACGAUUGAUGAAUUCAGAUGGGAAAAAAUUUUUUCUUGCAGACGCCAUCCGAGGUCUCUUCGCGGCCUUUAUACUGCACUUGGUGUGUUGGAUUUAGUUGGUGGAGGAAUAAGAUUGGCUGCGGAUGCAACGAAUCUUGGAGGAUCAGUUUUAUCGGUCCUUCAAAUGCUUUCGCCUCAACAACAGCUUGGCGGCAGUGCAGAUAUGCAAUAUCCACAGGAUAUGCAAUUACAAAAUCUGCAGGAUAUGCAGAAUACUCAGUUUCCACAAAAUAUGCAAUCGCAACCUUGUACCGCGACAUUCUCGUACUACGCUUCCAAUGGGAACCCAGUUUACCUUUGUGAAUGUCCUGGUGGAACCUCGUAUCAGUAUCUCAGAUGUGUGAAUCCGAAUGAAUCUGGUACUCCAGAUGUGCAAAAUUCGAACGAUAUGCAGCAACAGAAUGUACAAGAAGUCCAGGAGCAACCUUGUACUGCGACAUUCUCGUACUAUGCCUCCGAUCGCCGUCCUGUCUACCAAUGCGACUGUCCUGGAUAUGGAAUUUCUUAUCAGUACUCUCGGUGCGUAUCGCCGAGAUAG